ACCUCCCCCGGGCGCUCUCAAGGCCUGGGAGCCUUUCCAAGGGCUUUUCAUUAGUGCCGUGGCUGGGCCAGGACCUGGCAGGGAAUGAGGGGCUCUCCAGAUGGGCAGUUCCCACACCAGGACGUGGAGCAGCACAGGACUAUGUGGGUGAGGAGAUCCUCCGGGAUGGGUGGGAGCGGGGACGCAGCCGCUGCCCACGGCCCCACGCGGGACUCUGGUCCCUGCCAGGUGACUCCCCACCGCAGCACGUGGCCCUGAUUGGUUUAAAGUCUGCGUGUUAUCACCCACCCCAGCCUGGGGCUCAUAAAGUCAGGCAGCAAAACAGCCAGUGCCACUGCCCGGCUGGCGCCAUGGGCUACGCGUCCUUCUUGAAGAGGGCUCGAGCGCUGCUCUGCAUCCGGAACCAGCUGGCGCGAGAGUGCCUGGCCGAGCUGCUGGCUGUCUUCGUGCUCAUCGUGAGCGGGGCAGGGGGCGGCGGGGGGGAGGGGAUGGGAGGAGCACGGGGUGGCCGCCACUGGGGUCCCACAGCCUUGCAGCUGUGCUGUGCCUGGGGCUGCCCGGGGUGGGGGUCUGUGCUGGGACCACGGUGACCCCGAACCCCCUCACCCCUGGCUUGGACCCACGCUGCGAUUCACCACGGCCCAGCUCACCCUUUGCUGCUGCUGCUCUGUGAUGAGGCUGUGGGUGCUGCCGCGUGUGCACGGAGCUGGGCGGUGCGUGCCUUCACACCUCCAGCCCCAAGGCAGCCAAAGGUUGGGCUCUGCGGCCUUGGGGCCGGAACCGGCGGCGGUGAACGUUGGCCGCCAGUGCCCCCCAGCCCCGAGGUCUCCCUGCAGCGGCAUAUGACUCAGUUGCUGAUAAUUUCUUUUACUCAUCACCGAGUACGUGAUCAACGGCACUAACUGCCUCCCUGCUACCCCGUCCUGCAUGGAGAGCUGGAGCCGGGCAGUGGGCGUGGGCAGAACCACAGAGACUGCACGGGAAGAGGCACCAGAGCGGCGCUCGGCUCCGUGUUGCCCUGCACCCAUCCUGCGGUGGGGAGCAGGCGCUGCAUGGGGGCUGAGCCUGGGGCUGGGUGCAGCCGUGUCCCUUCUCCUGCAGCUGAUCACGCUGGGCGGCGCGGCGCAGAUGGUCACCAGCUCCGGGACCAAGGGGAACAUCAUCACCUCCUCACUGGCGGGCGCGCUGGCCGUCAUGGUGGCCAUCUACACAGCGGGGGGGGUCUCUGGGGCUCACCUGAACCCGGCUUUCUCCCUCGCCAUGUCCCUGCUGGGGCAGCUCCCGUGGUGGAAGUUCCCCAUUUUCGUGGCCGUGCAGACCUUUGGGUCCUUCAUCGCCGCCGGAGCCGUCUAUGCUCUGUACUACGGUACGCAGAGCCCGCGGCGGGGACGUGGGGUGGGCGCACAGCCUGGGGGGCUCAGCUUGGUGCACAGCUCUGCCCCGCAGACGCCAUCUGGUCCUACAGCAACGGGACCCUCACGGCCUCCGGGCCCCGGGAGACCGCCUCCAUCUUUGCCACGUACCCCGCCGAGCACCUGUCCCUCCCCAAUGGCUUCCUGGACCAGGUGGGUGCCGGCCCCGCAGCCCCACACGGCCCCACACGGUUCCCAGCUGAGGCCGCGCUGCCCACAGGUGCUGGGCACGGCGGUGCUGAUCGUGGGCAUCCUGGCCAUCACCGACACCCGCAACCGCGCGGUGCCGCGGGGCCUGGAGCCGGUGGCCGUGGCGCUGCUGGUGCUCGCCAUCGAGGUGUCCAUGGGCUCCAACUGCGGCAGCCCCAUGAACCCGGCGCGGGACCUGGGCCCGCGGCUCUUCACGCUGGCGGCGGGAUGGGGCACCGAGGUGUUCAGCAGGGGCAGCGCGUGGUGGUGGGUGCCGGUGGUGGCCCCGCUGGUGGGGGCCGCGCUGGGCACGGGGCUCUACCAGCUCUUCGUGGCCUUCCACCACCCCGAGGAAGAGGAGGACGGCGGACGAGAGCGCAGGCAGACCAAGCACUGACGGCCCCGUGGAAACCGCGCCGGGGGCGGGGG